AGAGAGAACCUCUACCACUAACCUACUAUGAAUUAAAUAGCAGAGUCAGACACUUCUUCCCUAUUGACCCAUCACUCGAAGAAACAAAUAUCCAAGAUAUAGCAAAGACACUUAGAAAAUAUUACAAGUUCAGGAGCAUACCAAAUGAUUUCUUCGUACAAAAACCUACUCUACCACAGAACCCAAACAAACUGAAACUACAUACCCAAUACACUUACCCAAUCACCGAUAACAAAAUU